GGAAAAAGCGGCAGUCGUAAUAGCGAACUGAAACUGAACGAGAGGAAAAGUGAAUAGGCAGCAGAAACUCAACCAUGUCGAAGAUUGGAAUUAACGGAUUUGGCCGCAUCGGCCGUCUGGUGCUCCGCGCCGCCAUCGAUAAGGGCGCCUCUGUGGUGGCCGUCAACGAUCCCUUCAUCGAUGUCAACUACAUGGUGUAUCUCUUCAAAUUCGACUCGACUCACGGUCGUUUCAAGGGCACCGUUGCGGCUGAGGGCGGAUUCCUGGUGGUGAACGGCCAGAAGAUCACCGUGUUCAGCGAACGCGACCCCGCCAACAUCAACUGGGCCAGCGCUGGAGCCGAGUAUGUGGUGGAGUCCACCGGAGUGUUCACCACCAUCGACAAGGCGUCCACCCACUUGAAGGGCGGUGCCAAGAAGGUCAUCAUCUCGGCCCCAUCCGCCGAUGCGCCCAUGUUCGUGUGCGGUGUAAACCUGGACGCCUACAGCCCCGACAUGAAGGUGGUCUCCAACGCCUCGUGCACCACCAACUGCCUGGCUCCCCUGGCCAAGGUCAUCAAUGACAACUUCGAGAUCGUCGAGGGUCUGAUGACCACCGUGCACGCCACCACUGCCACCCAGAAGACCGUCGACGGUCCCUCUGGCAAACUGUGGCGCGAUGGACGUGGCGCCGCCCAGAACAUCAUCCCGGCCGCCACCGGAGCCGCCAAGGCUGUGGGCAAGGUGAUCCCGGCCCUGAAUGGAAAGCUGACCGGCAUGGCUUUCCGCGUUCCCACUCCCAAUGUCUCCGUGGUGGACCUUACUGUCCGCCUGGGCAAGGGAGCCAGCUAUGACGAAAUCAAGGCUAAGGUCGAGGAGGCCUCCAAGGGACCCCUGAAGGGAAUCCUGGGCUACACCGACGAGGAGGUGGUCUCCACCGACUUCCUCAGCGACACCCAUUCGUCGGUCUUCGACGCCAAGGCUGGCAUUUCGCUGAACGACAAGUUCGUCAAGCUUAUCUCGUGGUACGACAACGAGUUCGGUUACUCCAACCGCGUCAUCGACCUCAUCAAGUAUAUGCAGAGCAAGGACUAAACGCCACUAUCGUACAAAUCCGGGGCCCAGCAGCUGGUCAGGAAUCACUGUUGCAUAAUCCAAAAGGCGCGCAAUUCAAAUUGCUUUUCUUGGUUAGCUCUUAAAGUUACCAUUCAAAUGCACAAAAUAGCCAUAACUACGCAAAACUAUUUAUUGUUGUUAAAUAAAGUAUCGCCCUGUUACUGUAUUUAAAUGCCAGCUAUUUAAAAAAUAAAACUUGUGCAUAGAAUGAA